CUUCCCCAUUUUCACCUUCUCUGAUUUUCUCUCUCUCUUUUAACCUACACGCACCCUGGCCCACAUUCUCCGUACACCGCCGGCGCAAAUUAGCAAGCACAUUCCGGUUCCCUUCUACUCCUCCAUGGCCGCAAACACCGCCUCCGUCCAACCGGGUCGGUUUCGGGUCCUAAAGCAAGGGGCGAAACCGGUCGACCCGAAUCCGGGUCCCGUGGUUUACUGGAUGUUCAGAGACCAACGGGUCAAAGACAACUGGGCGUUGAUCCACGCCGUUGAAGAGGCCAACAAGGCCCAUGUCCCGGUCGCCGUGGCCUUCAAUUUGUUCGAUCAAUUUCUUGGCGCCAAAGCCCGCCAUUUAGGGUUUAUGCUGAGGGGCUUGCGACAAUUGCAUCCUGAUCUUGAAGAAUCGCAUCAGAUUCCAUUUUUUCUCGUCCGGGGAGAAGCGGAGGAGACUAUACCCAAUUUUGUGAGGGAAUGUGGGGCUUCACUAUUAGUAACAGAUUUUUCACCUUUAAGGGAGGUUCAGAAAUGUAAAGAGGAAAUAUGCAAUAGGGUUGGUGAUUUUGUGACCAUACAUGAAGUUGAUGCCCACAAUGUGGUGCCCGUUUGGGCGGCAUCGGAGAAGUUGGAGUAUAGUGCUAGGACUAUAAGGAGUAAGAUAAAUAAAAGGCUGCCUGAGUACCUUAUUGAGUUUCCUACAUUGCAGCCACCGAUUGCAAAAUGGGUGGGUACAAGUCCGGCGAUUGAUUGGGAUGGUCUUAUUGAUGAAGUUUUAAGGAAAGGAGCAGAAGUUCCUGAAGUGGACUGGUGCGAACCAGGCGAAAAGGCAGCAAUGGAAGUUUUGAAGGGUAGCAAAAAUGGAUUCUUGACAAAAAGGCUGAAGGGUUAUUCAUCGGACCGGAAUAACCCUUUGAAACCAAGAGGGGUGUCUGGUCUUUCUCCAUAUUUGCAUUUUGGGCAAAUAUCUGCUCAGAGGUGUGCCUUGGAGGCACGCAGUGUCCGAAAACUCAGUCCCCUGGCAGUGGAUGCAUUUUUAGAGGAGUUGAUUGUGCGCAGAGAACUUGCUGACAACUACUGCUUUUACCAGCCUCAAUAUGAUUCAUUGCAAGGGGCAUGGGAAUGGGCACGUAAGACCUUAAUGGACCAUGCUUCGGAUAAGCGAGAACAUAUUUACACGAGGGAGCAAUUGGAGAAGGCACAAACUGCUGAUCCUCUCUGGAAUGCCUCCCAAUGUGAGAUGGUUCAUUACGGGAAGAUGCAUGGUUUUAUGCGGAUGUAUUGGGCAAAAAAGAUCCUUGAGUGGACAAGAGGACCCGAAGAAGCCCUUGAAAUAUCCAUAUAUUUAAAUAACAAGUAUGAAAUAGAUGGAAGGGAUCCCAAUGGAUAUGUUGGUUGCAUGUGGUCAAUAUGUGGUGUUCACGACCAGGGUUGGAAGGAACGACCAAUUUUUGGGAAAAUACGUUACAUGAACUAUGCAGGCUGUAAAAGGAAAUUUGACGUGGAUGGAUACAUUGCCUAUGUGCAGAGGCUUGGUGCAACCAAGAAGAGAAAACUCCUACUCAGUGAAUAGGUCAAGGAACUCUGCAGUUGGUACUUGGGGAUCUUCAAGUGAAUAUAGUAUGCAGAAUCAUUGAUUAUUGCACUGAAUUCCUCUGAAGAUAAAGAUUUGGAGGUCUUUCUGACACAUGAUGUAGUGUGUCACCGGCAACUAUCUGAGUCGAGCCCCGUUCUAUUCCGAUUUAAAGUCUCAAGUCAGAAGACAUAGAUGUCAUGUUCUUUCCCCUAACUUGCAACCUUGUGGCUGCUCAUGAAGUCCUAGAUCUGUAAUUUUGCUUUGAUUCUCCGAAAUGAUAAUAGGAGUUAAGUUCUCAAGUGGCAGAGCAAGUAGGAAAUCAAAUUAAAAUUCAUUUCAAUCUCUAUCUCCAAUGUCAGAGACUCACAUAGAUGAUAUGGAUCGAGGAUGUUUGAUUUUA